GAUUCCAUCAUUCGGCCUCCUUCCCGGCCUGCCUCGCGCCAGGGCCGGGCUGGGCCAGAGCAGCCCAAGAUGGCCGACUUCGAGGAUCGGGUGUCGGAUGAGGAGAAGGUACGCAUAGCUGCUAAAUUCAUCACUCACGCACCCCCAGGGGAAUUUAAUGAAGUGUUCAACGAUGUCCGGCUACUACUUAAUAAUGACAAUCUCCUCAGGGAAGGGGCAGCACAUGCAUUUGCCCAGUAUAACAUGGAUCAGUUCACACCUGUGAAGAUAGAAGGAUAUGAAGAUCAGGUCUUAAUUACAGAACACGGUGACCUGGGUAAUAGCAGAUUUUUAGAUCCAAGAAACAAAAUUUCCUUUAAGUUUGAUCACUUACGGAAAGAAGCAAGUGACCCCCAGCCAGAGGAAGUAGAUGGAGGUCUGAAGUCUUGGAGAGAAUCCUGUGACAGUGCUUUAAGGGCCUAUGUGAAAGAUCAUUAUUCCAACGGCUUCUGUACUGUUUAUGCUAAAACUAUAGAUGGACAACAGACCAUUAUUGCAUGUAUUGAAAGCCACCAGUUUCAGCCUAAAAACUUCUGGAAUGGUCGUUGGAGAUCAGAAUGGAAGUUCACCAUCACACCAUCUACAGCCCAGGUGGUUGGAGUACUUAAGAUUCAGGUUCACUAUUAUGAAGAUGGCAAUGUUCAGUUGGUUAGUCAUAAAGAUGUACAGGAUUCAGUAACUGUUUCGAAUGAAGUUCAAACUGCUAAGGAGUUUAUUAAAAUUAUAGAGCAUGCAGAAAAUGAGUAUCAGACAGCAAUUAGUGAAAACUAUCAAACAAUGUCAGACACCACGUUCAAGGCCUUGCGCCGGCAACUUCCAGUUACCCGCACCAAAAUCGACUGGAACAAGAUACUCAGCUACAAGAUUGGCAAAGAAAUGCAGAAUGCUUAAAGGCUGAAUGUAGGAUUCUGCAGUACAUGGAAAGAAAGGAUGCAAUGUGUGGUCAUAUGAUAAAUAAGUGAUUUAUAAACAAGAGUGAUAUUUUGCUAGGGCUUUCAAAGUUAACUGGUUUUCUAGCCUCAUGGAAUACUGUUGAACCUAUAGCAUUGUCUUGAUUUUGUGUUUUCUGCCCGGUAAUUUUCUGUUUUCACGAUAUCUACUUGUAAAUCUUUUUUUUUUUUUUUUUUUUUUUUUAAUUCUGCCACAUUUAAUGAUGGAGAGAGAUAUCUAUCCUGGAGUCAUUUUACUGUUUAGAAAAUCUUCCUAGCCAUGAAGCCCUGUCACUGAUAUAGACAGGUAAUAUGUUCAGUACUUUUCUACCCAAUCCUUCAAAGCACUUCUGGUACUUCAGUGGUUUUUACUGAUCAACCAACAGCUAAAGAGGCUAUGCUAAAAACUACAGCUGAAUGGAAGACACAUUCAUCCUUCUCCCUCCAGUUGCUUUGGUCAUCAUUUAUAGCAUCUCAUAACUAUAGUUUCAAACAUUUGGAUUGGGGUUUUUCAGGUCCUUUUUGGAGGCAAAGGAAGUUUUCUGGAAAUUCCAUUAUAGCCAGCUUCUCUGGGGAAGUUGUUUUUAAAUCCAAAGACUUGAACCACAUUCCCUACAAAUGAACGUGUUUGCUUUUUUUCCUUCCAUUAUUGUUUCCUUCUCAUCUAGUACCAUUAUAGUUAUAGACAUGUGCAUUUUUAGAAGAGUUUUACCCACUUAUUAUUUUUUUAAUAUUCAAAAACUGCUGACAUGCUAGGGAUAUAGUAGAGUAUAAAACUUGAAAAAAUGCAGAUGUUGAAGGAAUAAUAGGUAUCUUGUGCUUUAAUACUUUGUGGCAGAAUUGUACUAUAAACGAAUCAAACAACUAUGUUAAUCACAAACAAAAACUAAAAAUGAACCAAAGUGAGAAGGACAACGUUCAGACAGUAUCUUUCUAUUGUAACCUGUUAUUUAAGGGAAUACUAGUGAUUUGUUCUAAAUAGGAUGUAAAACUUUUUCCAAAUUACUUCCUCAGUCCUGCCUGCCAACUCAAAUGUAACUGUGAUAUAGCAACCCUUCCCAGGUUUAUUGGCAGGUACAGGUGUGAUCUCAGAAUACACAGGUAACAUAGAUAUGAUAUAACAACUGGUAAUGGUGGAUUCAUUUACAUUGUUUACACUUCUAUGACCAGGCCUUAAGGGAAGGUCAGUUUUUUAAAAACCAAGUAGUGUCUUCCUCCAAAUACAUGUCAAAAGAAGGGUUUGUGUUUCAGCUUUGUUUCUGCUUGGUAAUACAGUCAAGCAACAGUUUAUUUCCAAGUGACCCAUUGAGCUGUGUAAGCAUUUUUGUUUAUUUCAAAUAAAAUAUAUUUGUAUUAUUUGUCAUUCAUACUAUCCAUCCAUACCACACUAUCCUCUGUAUCAGGUAGUCCAAUAGAAAUAUACCUGUUUUGUUCUUAAA